AUGGUUAAACCAUUCAAUGGAUUCGACUUUUGGGAGCAGCGGAUUAGAGCUCAACAGGGACACAUUUCUGACAUCGAGUCUGGACCCGAAUCUGAAUCCGAGUCGGAUAUCGAAAGCGAACCCUGCUCCCCGGUCGAAACUCCUGAUAUCCACAUCGAAACAUUAUCACCAGCAAAAUCACUACAAACAUGGUCACAACCAACCAAAUCAGACGGAAUUGUUCGAUCUCGUCCCAUUCUUAUCCAAACUGUUGGAGUUCACGACGUCCGCAAUUCCAUGUCCUUCUCUCCCUCGCUGGACCACCACAGCCAUUCAGCAUCCGUCUUGCACCCCAACAGCUAUGAAGAAAAGGAAGAUUUCCUCACAGUCAUCAAGACAAACGACUCAUUCUCCAGCAGAAGGUCUUCAUUUAAUGCAAGCCCGAUGGAGAAGAGACAGGCUGAAGUCGGCCCUUCCAAUAACACCACCAAACUACGUCGAUCGCCCCUCAAACUCCAAACUACCAACCUCUCUCGCGUGUCACGUUACCAACAAAGGCAUUCGGCUUUACCCAGCCUCCCUACUUCCACAAUCACCCCCUCUGAACACAGGCAUACAUUCAAUGCCUCUGCAGACUGUACACCAUGUGUAGCCAAUAAGACUGACAAGGCGUUUGAAGCACUCGCCGAUGCACUCAAACCAAAACAAAUACCAAUAAUAGAACCCGUCACGAUUCUUCGACCAAGCAAGGACAGCCCUAUACCUGUCCUUCGAUCACCAACACCGAUUCGUCCCAAGAUUAUAUCACAACAUCUUGAAAGAGCGCAGCUGUGGGCAGAGAGUCAAGAGGAUUUCGACAGCUCGACGGCAAGCUCUUUAUCUAGUCCCAUGAGCCCAAUGAUGUCGUUUGACCUUCCCCUUGAUAAUAAGAAUGGGUCUGUCAAGACUGAGAUUGUACCUAUGGGAUGUAAUCUGGAUCACGACUUGGAUGACUUUCUCAAAUGGGAGGCUAAGCAUGUUUGCGCAUAUGGAUAUGGUACCAACGGAUGGACUUUUUCUCCUUAA